UUUACAGGAACUUCAUGAGCAGCAUCUGGACCAAGUGUUUGUCAGAGAGAAAAGACAUGCUCUGAAGAAACGUUUGGUUCAGGGAUCACAGCGGAUGCCACAGGUGUAGCCGCUGGGCUCAACAGAGUAAUGGCUGUUCAGACUGCAAUCAUGAACCCUCAGUUCAUGAAUUUCUGCUUCCCUGGUUCCGUGAUGGAGUACGAUGUGGAGAAAAGUCUGGAUGGGAGUCUCCUCGGUGAGGCAGAAAAUGAUGAGGACUACAAAGAGACCACUAGGGACUUGCUGAGCUUCAUAGACUCAGCCUCCAGCAAUAUCAAACUGGCUCUGGACAAGCCAGUGAAAUCCAAGAGGAAAGUCAACCACCGGAAGUAUCUACAGAAGCAAAUCAAAAGGUGCACUGGCAUUAUAACACCAGGGAACGUAGCAGAAGCCCCAGUUAAAAGACAGGGUUCGCCCCUGGCUCAGCCCAGUCCUUUGCAGAGCAAAACUCUACCUAAGCGUGAUGGGGUCCAGGCUAACUUACAGAGCAAGAGCUUGGCAGCCCUCUUCAGCCCUGUGAAGGAUAUAAGGGGUGAAAAAGCCAAGAAACCACCCCUGAGGCAUCGCAAUCUGCCCCCCUCUUUUUUUACCGAGCCUGCCAACUGCUCCAAAGUCAGCUCCACAUCUGGGAUGACGCUGAAGGACUUGGAACGAGGCAAUCCUGAGGCUGCAGAGUUCUUCGAACUCUUGGGGCCUGAUUACAGCAACAUGGUUAGUGACCAGGACCUUUAUCAAAGCAUGCCUCUCCGGGUGCAGCCAGAGAUGGGAGGCCCGGAUCCUGCUUCGUAUGAUGCUCACCAUUUAGUUGGCGGUCUCCUCUACUCUGAGCCCUGGACUAGCUGCUCAGGAGCCUCUAAGAAACUAGGUGGGAGCCUGCGUACAGGCCCAUCCCAGCCUCCUGUCUACUGCCCCUCUGAGGCUGGUGGGCCCAUAGAGGACAAUGCACUGUGCACUUUGGCCUUCCCGAACUUCUUCACAGACUGCUCCGUACCUCAGGUCACUUAUGAUUUAAGUGGUGGUUAUAACAGAGCUAAUUAUUCAUCUCUAUGAGAAACUGACAAUGCUGUUGUUAGAAGUGCUGGUAAAAAGCAGAUUAAAUUGCUGUGACAAGUUUAACACUAGUCUAAGAGUCUAAGUUUGAUAUUACUGUAUUAUAUUUGUUUAUCUGUUGUGGAAGUAAUGGAUUGCAACUGGAUAUAAACAUUUUGUAUCAUCAACAACAACAGCGUGUAUCACUUUCCCUGAGAAAAACAAGGAACUUAAAAAGUUCUUUUUUCAUAAACAAUGUCCAAAGCUUUUUCAAGUAACUGGAUACCUUUUUUUAACAUCCCAGUUUCAUUUACUACCCUGUUCUGUUAAAGUGUUUUCCAUGUGGAUGAAUUCCUUUAUCUCAGGCAAUUUCUAAUGAUAUUCUGAAUGAAAAUACAUCUACUUCAGUUUUGUCACCAUUGUAUGUGAGUCUGUUUGUUAUUAAUUUGGGAAUUUAAGUAAGAUGUCUCAUUCCAUCAUUUUCAUAUUUUACAAAAAGGAAACAUACAAGUUGCAGAAAUAGUUGUUGGUUUAGUCAACUAAACAUCACUUAUUGCUAGAAAAGGAUAUUAUAGAACUGUUUGUGACAUUUGACAAAACAUGCUGCAACAAUCUCUCAGCGAGGCACUUUUUUGUUCCUUUAAGUAACAGUUCUGAAAAACUCAUUUUGCUGAAAUGAACAACAAUGAUUACAACAAAGCGUGAUGCCAUGUUUGUUUUACAACCUUUUGCAGCACAGAAAUGAUUUUCAGCUGGAAGAUUUACCACUUGUAUCCAUUUUGUUGGAAAAGCCUUAAAUGUAUCUAGCUAUUGUGAGACAAAA